GCGACGGCUGGACGUCCCGGCUGGACGGACGGAGAUCUGGGGGGGGAGACAAACACACACAGGGUCCACUGGAUCAGGAAGAUGCCCUCUCGCUGCAGGAAUGCGCUGAACAUCGUGGUCACCACCCUGUUUGCUGCGGUGGUUCUGUUCACCAUCCUACUGGCCUACGUCACAGGUUACCAGUUCAUUCACACCGAGCAGCACCACCUCUCCUUCGGCCUCUACGGCGCCUUCCUUUCCCUCCACCUCUUCCUCCAGAGCCUCUUCGCCUUCCUGGAGCACCGGCGGAUGCGGAGCCCGGCCCGGCCUCAGCACCUGCGCCGUUCCGUCGCCCUCUGCAUCGCUGCCUACCAGGAAGACGCGGACUAUCUGAGGAAAUGCCUGCGCAGCGUCCGGCGGAUCUCCUUCCCGGGCCUCAAGGUGGUGCUGGUGGUGGACGGGAACCGGCCCGAGGACCGAUACAUGAUGGACAUUUUCCAGGAGGUGAUGGGCGGAGCGGAGCAGGCCGGCAGCAUGGUGUGGAAGGGGAACUUUCACAGCGAUGGCGGGAAAGGAGGAGGCGUUGGAGGAGGGAGGAGAAGCGCGGUGCACAUGGAGGAAGCGUCCCGGGUGGCCCGGCUGGUUAAAGGCCGCCGCUACUCCUGCGUCAUGCAGGAGUGGGGCGGGAAACGGGAGGUGAUGUACACCGCCUUCAAAGCUCUGGGUGACAGCGUGGAUUAUGUUCAGGUGUGCGACUCGGACACUGUUCUGGACCCGGCUUGUACCAUAGAGAUGCUGAAGGUUCUUGAGGAAGACCCGAUGGUGGGGGGAGUCGGCGGGGACGUGCAGAUCCUCAACAAGUACGACUCGUGGAUCUCGUUCCUGAGCAGCGUGCGCUACUGGAUGGCCUUCAACAUCGAGCGAGCCUGCCAGUCCUACUUUGGUUGCGUCCAGUGCAUCAGCGGCCCCCUGGGGAUGUACAGGAACUCCUUGCUGCAGCGCUUCCUGGAGCCCUGGUACCACCAAACCUUCCUGGGCUCCAAGUGCAGCUUUGGAGACGACCGCCACCUCACCAACAGGGUGCUCAGCUUCGGCUACAAGACUAAAUACACGGCGCGGUCGCAGUGCCAGACGGAGACACCCACGCAGUAUCUGCGUUGGCUCAACCAACAAACACGAUGGAGCAAGUCUUACUUCCGUGAAUGGCUCUACAACGCCCUCUGGUUCCACAAGCACAGUCUGUGGAUGACCUACGAGUCGGUGGUCACCGGGUUCUUCCCCUUCUUCCUGGUCGCAACAGUGAUCCACCUGUUCUACCGCGGGCGGCUGUGGAACAUCCUGCUCUUCUUGCUGACGGUGCAGCUGGUUGGGAUGGUGAAGGCCACCUACGCCUGCUUCCUGCGAGGAAGUCUGGUCAUGAUCUUCAUGUCGCUCUACUCUCUGCUCUACAUGUCCAGCUUGCUUCCUGCCAAAAUGUUUGCCCUGCUCACCAUCAACAAGGCCGGAUGGGGAACGUCUGGCCGCAGGAAGAUAGUGGUCAACCUCAUUGGCGCUGUGCCGGUCACAGUUUGGGCGCUGGUGCUGCUGGGAGGCGUGGCGUAUACCGUCUACUGUGAAACCCAGGAGCCGUUCAGCGAAACGGAGAAGGCCUUGUUGAUAGCGGGGACGGUGCUGUACGCCUGCUACUGGCUCAUCCUGCUGGUGCUAUACUUAGCCAUCGUAGCUAAACGAUGCAACAAGAGGGAGGAGCAGUAUCACCUGCCGUACGCAGAGUCCUGAACCGCGGCGGCCGGAUGGUUCCCAGGUUUCACUGCAGUUUGACUCUACAAGGUGGAGCAAAGAGCUGCGAUCUUCAACACUGGUGCUACAAAGACGAGAAUCUGAAAUCUGAGAGAUGGAUGGUGCUUUCCACUGUUUAGAUUCAGGUCUUAAAGCUGCAGUGUGUGACUUUUAUAAAAAAAUAUAUAUAUGUUUUAAAACUGUCACUAUGUCUUGAGACAAAUAAUUUGUGAAAAGAUUGAUAUGAUUUAUCUCCUCCCUGAGGCCAAAAACAACCAAUCAGAGCCAGGAGGCGGGUCUUAGCGCCAUCAAUCAAUCAAUCAUAUACUGGCGCUAAAUGUGUUAAUGGCGGAAACACCUUAGAUGACAGGAAAUCCUUUUAUCCACCGUCAUCGGUGGCUAUGCUAACUAGAUUUAGCAUUCACAACAAGAUCUGCUGACAGGGAAAAGCUGCAGUAGGAAUCAAGCAGGGAAUGGAAAGGGAUGAGCAGCACUACACAAGAUUGUGAUUGACAGCGCUUAAACCCGCCUUCUGACUCUGAUUGGUUGUUUUCUUCAGACAGAUGAAAAGUAGUAGUAGUGGAAGAGAUCAAUCUUUUUACAGAUUAUCUGUCUCAUAACAAACUGUCAUGGCAUGCAACAUUUCUAACAAAUAUGUAAAAAACAUAUUUUUAUAAACAUUACGUCUGCAGCUUUACAGUGUUCAGACGGACAUGUAGGUACUGAGGAGACGUUAGUGGCAGACCUGUGAUUUUUUUUUAUUUGACAUUUUUUUACAAACCAGAAGUGAGAAAAUUAGAGGAGGAAACGUCAAAGUCCCUGAUGUGCCUGAGGCAAAAUUUAAAAUAUUUUAAAUCCAGUCCCAGUCCGGUUCUGUACAGAGGUGGGUAAUAACUAGUUACAUUUACUUGAGUAACUUUUUGGAAAACAAAUUACUUUUAGGACUAUUUUUACUAUGUUGUACUUUUAACCUUUACUUGAGUAACUUUAUAAUUAAGUGUCUCUACUCUGGAUUAAAAUUUCUGGAUACUGUGAAUAACUUCACUGAAU